AUGGAACAAAGGAUUAUCCCGGAUCUACACCGAGGUAUUGACGGCGAUUCUCAAAUAUCGCAGAACAGAAUAAAAGAAAAAAGGGGGGUUUGUGAUGAUUUUAAAUCUUUUCUACUAGGUAAUCUAUUAUCCUUAUGCAUGAAGAUAAUAAAUUCGGUCGUUGUGGUCGGACUCUAUUAUGGAUUUCUGACCACAUUCUCCAUAGGGCCCUCUUAUCUCUUCCUUCUCCGAGCUCGGGUUAUGGAAGAAGGAACCGAGAAGGAGGUAUCAGCAACAACGGGUUUUAUUACGGGACAGCUCAUGAUGUUCAUAUCGAUCUAUUAUGCGCCUCUCCAUCUAGCAUUGGGUAGACCUCAUACAAUAACUGUCCUAGUUCUACCGUAUCUUUUGUUUCAUUUCUUCUGGAACAACCACAAAAACGUUUUUGAUUAUGGAUCUACUACCAGAAACUCAAUGCGUAAUCUCAGCAUUCAAUGUGUAUUCCUGAAUAAUCUCAUUUUUCAAUUAUUCAACCAUUUCAUUUUACCGAGUUCAACAUUAGCCAGAUUAGUCAACAUUUAUAUGUUUCGAUGCAACAACAAGAUGUUAUUUGUAACAAGUAGUUUUGGUGGUUGGUUAAUUGGUCACAUUUUAUUCAUGAAAUGGGUUGGAUUGGUAUUAUUCUGGAUACGGAAAAAUAAUUCUAUUAGAUCGAAUAAGUACCUUGUGUCAGAAUUGAGAAAUUCUAUGGCUCGAAUCUUUAGUAUUCUCUUAUUUAUCACCUGUGUCUACUAUUUAGGCAGAAUGCCGUCGCCUAUUGUUACUAAGAAACUAAAAGAAGAAACUGCCGAAACGGAAGAAAGGGGGGAAAGUGAGGGAGAAACAGAUGUAGAAAUCGAAACAAUUUCCGAAACGAAGGGGACUAAACAGGAAGAAGGAUCCAUCGAAGAAGACCCUUCCCCUUCCCUUUGUUCGGAAGAAAAUUCGAAGUUAGAAAUACUUAAACUUAAAGAAGAUAAAGACCUCCUCUAUCAUAAAUUGUUGUAAAUUAAUAUUAAUAAAAAAAUUAAUAAAAAAAAUGAAUAGAAGAAUAGAUAAGAAGAUAUUCUUCCGCCCCCUACAUUUUUGAUCCCAUCUCCUACAAAUAAACUUGUAAUACCGACUCCAUUUGUAAUUCCAUCAAUUACUCGUCUAUCAAAAAACUGAGUGAAUCCAACCAGUCUUCUUAUACCGGUAUUUAAGGUUGCUGCAUAAAAACUAUCUAUGUAACCACGAUUAUAUGACCAAUUAUAUAUCACGUUUACUAUUUUGUCCCAAAGACCUCUUUUAGGCCCCAUUUUAACAAAUGAAUUAAUUAAGUCCAAAUUAUGUAAAAAUGAAUAAACAGGCCUAUAUAAAAAGAACGCAAAAAAGAUUCCUAAAUAAGCUAUACUGACUGACAAAAUUGCAUUUGUAAGAAAUUCAUACCAAUCAACGGAAUUGCUCGAAUUUGAAUGUAAAAGGUUUAUAUAUGGAGUUAACAAAUUUGAUAAUAUAUUCAAAUCCAUUCCUUUAUAAUCAAAAGGAAUUCCGAUAAACCCAACACACAAAGUAACGAAUCCUAAUAUAAGAAGGGGAAAAAGCAUAGUAUUUUACGAUUCAUAAGGAUAUGGAUUAUUUUCUUUAUUUUUAAAAUGAGUAAAUGUAAUAAGCGGUUGCGUUCCUUUUUUUACAUUUCUAUCAAUUGAAUAUGCUUUCUUCGAAAAAAAAGUAACUCUUUUGUUUUUUUUUGCUGUUGAUAAAAAGAACUUCUUGUUGAUUACGUUCUGUCUUUCUUUACCCCAGAUGGAUAUUGAAUAAAACGAUCUGUUUUUUUUAGCGCUGAAAUUUUGAGAAUAGACGUUUAAAUGUCCCGCAAAAGUAAGUAAAUACAUCCGAAACAUAUAAAAUGCAGUUAAUCCGGCUGUGAAAUAAGCUAUUAUCGCAAAAAUAGGUGAAUAUACCCAACUAUCACUAAGAAUUUCAUCUUUUGACCAAAAGCAAGCAAGAGGUGGAAUACCACAAAGAGAAAGUGUACCUAUCAAAAAAGCUGUUUUCGUAAUCGGCAUAUAUUUUGUUAACCCGCCCAUAAGAGCCAUAUUUUGACUUUGAUUUGGAGAAUAUCCAACAAUACUUUCCAUACAAUGAAUAAUGGAUCCGGAGCCUAAAAAUAAUAAUGCUUUUGAAUAGGCAUGGGUGAUCAAAUGAAAUAAAGCAGCUCGAUAUGAUACCAUACCUAAAGCUAACAUAAUAUAACCCAACUGCGACAUUGUCGAAUAAGCUAAACUUCUCUUAAUGUCUCUUUGGGCAAGAGCCAAAGUGGCUCCUAAAAGUACGGUUAUAAUACCUAUCAAAGAAAUAAGGUUCAUUAUGUAAGGUAUAACUGUGAAAAGAGGGUAAAGUCGAGCUACAAGAAAAAUUCCCGCUGCUACCAUAGUAGCAGCGUGUAUAAGAGCUGAAAUAGGGGUAGGCCCCUCCAUGGCAUCAGGUAACCAUACAUGAAGGGGGAAUUGUGCAGAUUUUGCAACUGCACCAAGGAAUAAUAGGGCGGCACACAGAGUAAGAAAUAAAGAAUUUAAACCAUUAUUCUCAAUCAAGUUAGUGACUAUUUUAAACAAAUCUCGAAAUUCAAAACUACCCGUUAUCCAAUAAAGACCUAAGAUUCCUAAUAAUAAACCAAAAUCCCAUACACGAUUAGUUACAAACGCUUUUUGACAAGCAUUUGCUGCAAUUGGUCGUGUGAACCAAAAACCUAUUAAUAGAUACGAGCACAUUCCAACUAACUCCCAAAAAAUAUAAAUUUGUAUUAAAUUUGAACUAGUAACUAAUCCUAACAUGGAAGUAUUGGAAAAACUCAUAUAAGCAAAAAAUCUCAAAUAUCCUUCAUCAUGAGACAUAUAAUUAUCACUAUAAAUAAGAACCAUAAUUCCAACAGUAGUGAUUAAUAUUAACAUAAUAGAAGUAAGUGGAUCGAUCAAGUCGCCAAACUCUAAAGAAAAAUCAUUAUUUAUAGUCCAAGACCAUAAAUAUUGAUAGAUGGAACUACCAUUCAUUUGUUGAAUAGACAGAUCGAUUGAAAAAAGCAUAACUAUACUUAGUAAUAAAACAAUAAGAAAAGCCCAGAAACGGCGGAGGUUUUUUGUUGUCGUUGGAACAAGGAGAAGCCCCACCCCUAUUGCUAUAGGAACUGGAAGUGGAACGAAAGGUAUGAUCCAUGCAUAUUGAUAUGUAUGUUCCAUAAGAAAAUAAAACUUUUUUUUUCAAUUCACCAGCUCUUAUAUCUUUCGGAAGGAGCAAUAAAAUAAAGAAAAGACAGAACUAAAAUAGAAUUUUGAAUUCUUAAACCUUUCUAAUUCUUUCCCUCCAAAAAAGAAAAACUCAGAAGUUACAAUAGGUCAAAAAAUCAAAUCAUUUUUAAAAAGGUACCGCUUAGUGAUUACCUAGGAUAUUUAUGAAGAUACAGAAUCAGAAUAUGCAAUUUCAAUUUCUUUAUUAUUAUUAUAAUCCAUAUUCAUUGAUCAAGGAAAAACAAUUAAGUAAUUUAAUUAUAGUAAAAAAGUGCUUUAUUCUGGUAUGUAAGAUCCAUCAAAAACUUUAUUGAACAUAGGAUCUAUCAAAAACUUGACCCCCAAAAAAGACCUUGUGAUUUGAGUUAGUAUAUUUGUAAGACUUUACUAAUUCUUCUCGGGUGGAUUCUAGAUUCUAUUCCCCAAAAACAACGGAUACUUUUAGAAAACUCUACGAUAUUCGGCACUUUGAUACCCACGACUU